AUGAACGCCGGCGCUGCAGAUCUCGCGUGGCUUCCUGGCGACGCCGACGAACAGUUGGCCCUUGGACUCCGCAUCGUCUCGAACUCCUACAAAAAUCGCGUGCAAACGGCCGACACGGAAAUUCGGCAGCUGAAGGCGCAGCUGGCGGAGAGGGGAGAGCAGGUUUCGAGUUUGCAAAAGAAAUGCAGCGCCCUGGAAGUUCAACUUAUUGAACAGACCCAAAGAGGCAACCAGCUGGUGGAGGAGAACAAACAGCUGAUCGCCACCACUCGAAAACUGCAAAAAGAUAUUCAGCGUCUGGAAAACCUGAAGAAAGCUGUUUUGACUUCCAUUCAAGAAGACCGGCCCGAGGCCGACGACUCAAGCCCAUUCGGAAGUGCCGAAGCCGCGUUUCCAGCGACAGCCAGGCGGACAGUAGCGGAAAUCAGCUCCAUGGAAGACGCCGCCUUGAAGGGCGUCCGGCUGGACUUCCGCAGAGCUGGAACGGCGCACGGAACUGUUCUCACGACGCAUGAAGACCCUUCCGCCAACGCCGACGGGCGCGCGUUCUUCCGAGCCGCCCGCAGCCGCUUGUCCUUCGAAACCUUUAAUGCCUUUUUGGCGAACAUCAAAAGACUAAAUAAUCAGCAGCAAGAUCGAGAAGAAACACUGAGGACUGCUGAGAGGCUAUUUGGCGAAGCAAAUGCAGAUCUUUUCGAGGACUUCAAGACUUUGCUGACUCGCCACGCUUGA